AUGACUCUCCUUGCCUGUCUGCUGCUCAAUUGCCAAGGAGCUUUGACGCAUCCAUUGCAUGUGCUGGCAGAAAGGGCGGUGGAAGGCAACUUGCUGUUUGACAUGUUGUCUCUCCCGGCGCGGCAAGCAAUCUUCCGCAGCAUGUCCUUGCACAUGGUCAGUGCUGGGACCACCAUCAUCAAUCAGGGCGACACCGACGCCACCAAGUUCUAUGUCCUUGAGAAGGGCACCUGUGAUGUGCUGAUAAACAAUGAAGCCACCGGCUACAUCCCAAAGAAGGUCCACACCUACCCAUCCGGCAGUGGGUUUGGGGAGCUGGCCCUCCUGUACAGCGCCCCUCGAGCUGCAACCGUGCUGGCCGUCACGGACUGCAAGCUGUGGGUGAUGGAGAGGGCGGUGUACAACUCCAUAAAGCGCACCUACCAGGAGCAGGUGGCAGCACUGAAGCGGAAGAUGGUCAGCUCCGUGCCAAUGCUGGCAGUGCUGUCAGAGGAGAGCCGUGACCUGGUGGCUGGCGCGCUUGAGGCGGUGGAGUUCAAGGCUGGGCAGACAAUAUUCAGGCAGGGCGAGAAGGGCGACCGCUUCUACAUCGUCCAGGAGGGAGCCGUGACGGUGUCCAAGACCAGCGCAGGGGAGCGCACUGUGCUUGCCAAGCUGGCAGAGGGGUCCUACUUUGGUGAACGCGCCCUCAUCAAGGAUGAUGUCCGGGCGGCGGACGUCACAGCUGACAUCUACACAGUCUGCUACUCUCUGGGAAGGAAAGCGUUCGAUGAGCUGCUGGGGCCGAUUGAGGAUGUCUGGCGGUUUGAGGCGCUGCGCAAGGUCCCGGUCCUGUUUGCGCUCUCAGAGCAGCAGCUGUUUGAGUUGGCCCACUGCAUGAAGAACCAUGCCAUUUCUGCCGGCCAGAUGGUGUUCCGGCAGGGGGAUCCAGGUGAUGUCUUCUAUGUCAUUGAGGAGGGGACCUUCACCAUCUUUGACAACAGCGGUAAGGAGUUGGCGCGCGUGUCAAAGGGAUCAUGUUUUGGCGAGCUCGCGCUGAUGCAUCAGGAUCUGAGGGCGGCAAACGUGAAGGCCUUGACCGAUGGUGUCCUGUUGGCGUUGCAUCGCGACGAUUUCAAUGGCCUUCUGGGGAGCCUCACCCACAUCCGCCACAUGUGGCGCUUUGAAGCACUCCGUAAGGUACCACUCUUUUCGACUUUGACGCCACCGCAGCGGUCGCAGCUGUGCACAGUGCUCAAGCCACUGCAUGUGAAGGCUGGUACAGCCAUCGUACAAGCCGGCAACACAGGCAACACUUUCUACGUGGUGGAGGCUGGCACUUGUGUCGUGCACAACGUGGCCAGUCAGGAGAUUGGCAGGUUGGGACCCACGAUGUACUUUGGGGAGUUGGCUUUGCUGCGCAAUGAGCCACGCGCAGCCACAGUGUUGGCCCUGACAGACUGUGAUCUGCUUGAGCUGGGCCGUGCAGACUUCCUGCAGCUCAUGGGGCCCUUGGCAAAGGCUUUGGAGUCACAAGCUGCAAAGUACGGUCUUGCAGUGUCAGCAAAGAAGGACAUCAAAGCCACAGAUCUUGUCAAGAUUGCUGUUUUGGGGUCCGGAGCCUUUGGCCAAGUAAUGCUGGUCAAGCAUGAAGGCGCAUACAUGGCGCUCAAAUCCCUGAGCAAACAACAGAUUCUUGAAAUGGGCCUCCAUGAACAUGUGAAGCGGGAAAAGCAGAUCAUGGCGGAGUGCGACUGCCCCUUCAUGGUGAACCUGGUGACGUCCUUCAAGGACGGCUCGCACCUGUACAUGCUGAUGGAGUGUGUCAUGGGCGGGGAGCUGUUCACCUACCUGCAGUCACGCUCAGGCCCUCUCAAGGAGGACCACGCUCGCUUCUAUGCUGCCUCCGUGGUGUGUGGCCUGGAGUACAUGCAGGAGCACAACCUCAUGUGGAGGGACUUGAAACCAGAGAACCUCCUCAUCGAAACAACAGGCUACGUGAAGAUGGCCGAUUUUGGCUUUGCCAAGAAAAUGCCCCCUGGACAGAAGUCCAACACCUUGUGUGGGACGCCAGAGUACCUCGCACCUGAGCUGGUCACACAAGCUGGCCACACUCGGGCAGUGGACUGGUGGGCUCUGGGGGUGCUGAUCUAUGAGAUGGUCGCCGGGUAUCCGCCCUUCUAUGAUGAGGAUCGCGUCGCCAUGUUCAAGAACAUCUGCCAAGUCAAGUACAGCGUGCCAUCACAUUUCUCAAAGGAAGUAAGGGAUCUGAUCAAGCGGCUGCUGGUGCACAAUCCCAACCAGAGGAUGGGUGCUCUCAAGGCAGGAGCUGCUGAUGUCAAAGCACACCCUUGGUUUGCAAAUUUUGACUGGGCUGCCUUCUCCAAGCGCCAAUUAAAGGCCCCAUACAUCCCACAGAGCAACAAACGCUAUGUGUCAACAGGGGUCUUCAAAGACUUCUGA